GUGAGAAGGAGGCGGAGGAGGAAAAGGAGGAGGAGGCGAAGAAGGAGGCGGGGGGAGCCAGUUCUCCUGUCCGGCCCGCGGCAGGAAACAAAGAGCCAGGCCGGCAGCUCAGAGACGGGGAUGCUGCAGUUACAGGAAUGCCCAAAGAAAAGUACGAACCACCUGAUCCACGGAGGAUGUACACAAUUAUGUCCUCAGAAGAAGCAGCCAAUGGGAAAAAAUCACACUGGGCAGAGUUGGAAAUAAGCGGGAAAGUCAGAAGCCUGAGUUCAUCCUUGUGGUCACUGACUCACUUGACAGCUUUGCAUCUCAGUGACAAUUCCUUAUCCCGUAUUCCUUCAGAUAUUGCCAAGCUUCAUAACCUGAUUUAUUUGGAUCUGUCAUCUAAUAAGAUUCGCAGUUUACCAGCUGAACUCGGAAACAUGGUGUCACUCAGGGAACUCCAUUUAAAUAAUAACCUGUUACGAGUUCUACCGUUUGAGCUGGGAAAACUAUUCCAGUUACAGACUUUGGGUUUGAAAGGAAACCCACUUACACAGGACAUUCUGAAUCUUUAUCAGGAACCAGAUGGAACAAGAAGGCUACUGAAUUAUUUGCUUGAUAAUCUGGCAGGUACUGCAAAAAGAAUUUCAACAGAACAGCCUCCUCCCAGAUCUUGGAUUAUGCUGCAAGAACCAGAUAGGACAAGACCAACAGCUCUGUUCUCUGUCAUGUGUUACAAUGUUCUAUGUGAUAAAUAUGCUACUCGGCAGCUAUAUGGAUAUUGUCCAUCAUGGGCACUGAACUGGGAAUACAGGAAAAAAGCUAUAAUGCAGGAAAUUUUGAGUUGUAAUGCUGAUAUCAUAAGUCUUCAGGAGGUUGAAACUGAGCAGUACUACAGUUUUUUCCUAGCAGAAUUGAAAGAACGUGGGUACAAUGGAUUUUUUAGUCCAAAAUCCAGAGCUAGAACAAUGUCUGAACAAGAAAGAAAGCAUGUUGAUGGUUGUGCAAUAUUUUUUAAGACAGAAAAGUUCACCUUGGUUCAAAAACAUACUGUUGAGUUUAACCAAUUGGCUAUGGCAAACUCUGAAGGAUCUGAGGCAAUGCUGAACAGAGUCAUGACGAAGGACAACAUUGGGGUUGCUGUGCUGUUAGAACUGCGAAAGGAAUUAAUGGAAAUGUCAUCUGGCAAACCACACUCUGUAAUGGAUAAACAGCUGGUUCUGGUAGCAAAUGCACACAUGCACUGGGACCCAGACUAUUCUGAUGUGAAGCUGGUUCAGACAAUGAUGUUCCUUUCUGAAGUAAAGAACAUAAUUGACAAAGCCUCACGGAAUCUCAGGCCUAGUGCUUCGGGGGAACAUGCAACAAUUCCACUUGUACUGUGUGCAGAUUUGAAUUCUUUGCCAGAUUCUGGUGUGGUUGAAUAUUUGAGCACCGGUGGCGUAGAAACAAAUCAUAAAGAUUUCAAGGAACUGAGAUAUAAUGAAAGUCUCUCUAACUUCAGUUAUAAUGGAAAAAAUGGAACUACCAAUGGAAGGAUUACUCAUGGUUUCAAGUUGAAGAGUGCCUAUGAGAAUGGUUUAAUGCCUUACACAAAUUACACAUUUGAUUUCAAGGGUAUUAUUGAUUACAUCUUCUAUUCUAAACCUCAGCUGAAUAUUCUUGGCAUCUUAGGACCUUUGGAUCAUCAUUGGCUAAUAGAGAACAAUAUAAGUGGCUGUCCACACCCGCUCAUUCCUUCUGACCACUUCUCACUUUUUGCACAACUGGAGCUGGUGCUGCCUUUCCUGCCCCCGGUAAAUGGAAUCCAUCUGCCUAGCAGGAGGUAGUCAAGUACAUUUUAGAGGACAACCUCGAUGUAAUUUGUAAAAUUGUAAAAUCUGAAUAUAGAGGAGUGAGGUAUGGCCAACAGGGAUCUUUCUUAAUGAUCUUAAUUUUAAAUCUAAUAAUUUGUUAAAGAAAUAGUAAAAGCCAGGUGCUAUCAGACACACAAUUCUGAGCCCAACAUGCUUUAUAUACUGUUAGACAGGGAUUGGUGCAUGGGCACCUUUCUUAGAUUUGUUACCAAUAAUCUGUUUGUUUUAUCCAAUGUAAUAUUUCAUGCCUUGAAAAUAGGGAAUUGCUAUAAUAAAUUCUCUUUUGCACAGAUAUCUGUAGCACUACUUUUUGAGGCCAGUAGUUAAAAAUCAAAAGACCAUUCUUCCAUACUUCACUCCCUUCUUUUUCAGACUUGUUUGUUUGUAAAAUAUAGAAUUUGAAUUUAGCCUUUAUUGAUUGUAUAUGAACAACAGAAAACCUGAUUUAUGAGAUUUUGUACUUUAAAAAAAUCAGAUUUGGAAAAUGAUUGUAUUGUAAACUAAGGCUAAAUUUUUAUCUGUUUCAUGUGUUAUAAAGGCCAGCUUGUAAAAGAAGUUGCACCAGAUUUUCUCUGCUAAUGAUUUGCACUGUUAGGGCUUUUAGCCCAUAUGUACUACUUCAUUUUUUUAAAUUGAGAACACCGCUUUUAAAUCUGAAUUUGGUAAAUUCAUAGUUAACACGCAUCCAUUUCUUUCUUUCUUUUCACUUAAAAGUGGCAACUUUCACUUGAUUUCGGAACAGAUAAGCUAAGCAGUGUCUGAUUAGGCGUUUGUGGAUGGAUAGCACUCAUCAGUAUGAUCACUAGCAUUUUUCCUGUCAGAAGUGGGUUGGGCGGAACAUUGUGUACAGCUCUUUAGUUUCUGUGUUGAGUCACCAAUUUCCUAUCUCCACUGUGCCUGCUUGAUUUUGUUCUCAAUUAGCACUGCCUGUGCAUGCAGAGGGAACCUGGGCAUCCUCUUUUAUUUUUUAAAAAAUAAUGUUAACAUUUUGUGAAAAUUUUAUGAAGAUACUUUUGUAUAAGCUGUGGCAUCUAUUUUGUUUUCCUUUUGUGAAGCAUUGGAAUAUCACUUUUAUGAACAUGCUCAGAUGGUGGGUACACAAAUUCUAAGCUUCUGAUACCCCUGCACUGCUUCUUUCAAUGUUAUUGCAUAAUGCUGUUUCUUUCCUAGCCUCACUCCCCCACUAAAUACCAUCAUGUGAAUUCCUUUUUCAAUUUAACUGUAUUCCUCAGUCGCCAUUCCUUGAAGAUUAAGUAUACCGUCUUCUAUUUUAUGAAGCAGUGUAAUUAGAAAUGCUUUUUCAGUACAGGUUCCCUAGACAACAUUUCAGAUCAAUCAUUAAAGUGACCAAGUCCUUUUCUGUAAAGUGUCAACAAAAAUAAAAUUGUGUACCCACAUAGUGCCAUUAGUAUUUGAAAGCUGUGUGUAUGUGUGUGUGUGUGUGUGUGUGUAUCUAUCUGUAUACACACACAUACACACACACACACAAUCUGUUCUAAAGGGGAAUUUUAUCGACUCCUUAGUAGGUGGACCUUCAAUGUUACCUUAUAUAAAGAAAGAACUUGGUCAAACUGCUUUUGUUUCAACUGCAGGCAGAGAAAUAAAAGCACGUUGUUGUAUUGAAAUUCAGAAAAUAAUGACUUUUAAAAAAAUAAAAAUGGAUCUUAAUAAUUGAAUAUUUUAUAAAGAAGAAAUUAUCUGCACUUAGAAGUGCUUAACCAUUUUGUUUUGAAGAGAACAAUAAAUUUACAAUGAAUUCAUGUUUAAAACAUUUUAAAGUUUCAGUAGAAAAAGGGGAGAUCUUGAAUCCUUGUCUAGGACCUGAUUUUUUUUUCUUUUGUUGUUGUUGUUGUGGGGUGUUUUUUUUUUUGUUUGGUUUUUUUUUUUAGUUAUUCAAAUACCAAACAUGUCCAGUUUAUAAUCAGUACAUCGGAAUGCUGGUAACAAUUGAUGUAGUAGAUCCAAUGAGUAGUGAUGUUUUUUGUUCUUUUGUUCUUUUUUUGGUUGGGGUUAUUUUGUAAAAGUGUUAAUAAAAGGUGUUUUACUCAUCUUUCCUUAACAAUGUGUUGGUAAUGUAUGUCAUGACAAUUUUCUAUGACAGUGGAACCAAUUUAGCUUGCCAUAUUUUGCAACUCUUUUGUUUCCUGAUCAUCUGGAUUAUUUAGUAGUAUGUCCAGAAAGCUUUAUAGAAGGGAAGCACUUAUACAUUUUAUAUUUCUUGAAAGGAGUUGAUUUUUUUCCAUUUAAGUUGGAGCUUGAGUGCACUUGGUAAAUCUUAAAGGUUUAAGCUUUACAAAUCCAUUUUCACCUUUAGUUGUUCUGUCUUAAAUACAUAUCUGUAUGAAUUUGUGGUAGCAUAUUCAGUGCUUAGAAGCCUAUUCAGGUGCUCUUCUAUUCUUGCCUGGGCAUAUUGCAGUCUCAGAGCUGCUCAAUUAAAAUUUUUUAUGUUUGGAUAAGAAGAUGAAGAAUAAAAUCUCAGAAACAAUAGAGCCUCUUUGGCAUCAGUGGACCUUUGGUCAGAUUCUGCAGCAAUGAAUCGAAGCUCACUUUGAGGAAAUAUUCUGCAACUUUACUGGAUGAUACAUUAAUUGCAUCAAGUGUAAUAUUUUUAAAUAAUUUUCUGCAUCAAACAAAUUCAGAUAAUAAAUAAAUGCAAUAAACAAUGUCUUCACAAAUGCUAAUUUCCGGUAACUUUAACACUUUAUUUACUUAAGAUGGCUUUGGGUGUUGCCAUAAUAUAUGUUCAGUAUUUCUUAUCAAUGUAAUCACAUAUAUUAAGUCAAAACCAUAGAGCAUUGCUGGGCAUGAAGUGUCCUGUCCCUGUCCCCUAAUUUAAGAAAAAAAAACUACGUAUGUCUAUUUGGUUCUGAAAUGUGCAUACAUUCAGUUGUUAACGGAACUUAAAUGGAAAAUAUAAAUGUUAAGGGAUUUUGAAAUGUUAAGAUCACCGAGGAAAAUAUCGAGGAUAUGUGUGUAAUUAUUUUGUCCCUGUUUAUUUGUGGGUUUAAAACAUAGAAGUCUCCAUUGUAAAAACUAACCAUUCAAAAUGCAGACUUGCACCCACUUAUGUAAAUCUCUGAUAAAAUUAUAUGAAUUUUGCUGUGGCUUAAAUAUAGAAUAGUAGGUUCAGAUGUCAAGUUCUCACUUCAUCCAUAGGACAAAGAACUCAAAGACAAAAUAAUUGCACUACCAUUUUUCAACAGAGUUAAUCACUGCAAAUUUCCAAGUCAAAUUUACUGCUUAAGUGGUGAGUCUGUUUAUUUUCCCAUCCAGCCUGACACAGUAUUUUCAUAUAUGUUAACUCCUGAUAUACUUUUCAGUUGUGUAAGCUUCUUUAAAAUGUAGGUAUCUUGGUAUGUUUAAGUAGUGUCUAAAUUUUAGAUAGUCUCUAUUCACAGUAUUUCUGUAUAACGUGUAAUGCACUGGACUAACUCUUGUUUACCAUAUGUGUAACAAAAAAAAAAAACCAGCACAUCAUCUGCACUAAGCUCAAAGAAUGUUGCAUUUGUCCAUAGGCAGCUCUUCAAUAUGAUAAAUGGGAAAUUGAAUAUGGUCUGAUGGUAAACAAGGGCUUUUACUGUUCUCUUCAGUGGAACUUUCUUCUUGGUCAAAUUUUAACUAGCUAGUAUUAUAUUUAUAUACAGGGUUGUCUUUUUUUUCUUUACCAAUGUAUUUUCCUACUCAUAGCUGACCAAUAAAUUCAAUAUCUGUUUCAAAUCUC